CGGAGGGAAAGGUCGUACGGCCACGCUGGGCGGCGGCGACAUAUAAAAGGGUCUGCCCCGCCUGGCUGUGGCUGUCGACUGGGUGUGUCCAAAACAGUAGGGUGUCCAAAGCGGUAGGAUGAAGCUGACAAUACUGACAUGUUGGGGUGUGGUGGCUGCGCUGGUGGUGGCGGCACAGGGGAAACCCUUCCGCUCGCCAGCGUUUGACAUUGCAAGAGCAUAUGAGAACUAUCACAAUCUCUGGAUGUCAGAAGCCCGCAGGAAUUCUGUCGCCCCCAUGUCAUUUGGUCAGCAGGUAGCGCGGACUUGGCCACAGAACAAGGCAGCGGUCGCCAGGCUUGCUCAGUCUGCCCCAGUGGCGGAAAAGCCUCCCCAGGAACAAGCGAAGGCAGGAACACAGGCGGAGAAAGGCAAGGCAGGCCAAAAUGUUCAGCAAUCAGCUACCACUGAACAACAAACAACGGAAAUGACAACAGAAAUGGCUACUGAAAUGCCCACCACGGAGCAAACUAUUCAGGAGGAAAUGACAACUGAGAUGCAGAUGCAGAAACAGACAGCACAGGCUAAUGUUGAGACCAAGGCAGCAAAGAAACCCGAGCCAUCUCAGCCACGAAGACAACCCACCACUCCAACCUCCCGUCCCGCCACCAUGAGGUCUGCCUUCGAUACUUUCUUUAACAGGUGGAACGCUGAAAGGAUCAGGAACUCCAUCCCUCCCGUGGCUACUCCAAUCCCACCUCUGUCAUCCUUCUAUAAGCAGACGCUGUUUGCUAAUGAGCCUGUGACCACUAAGUCCGUGGACCGUCCCGCCAAGGCCACCGAGGCAACUGUCGACACCCUCACCCAGGCUUCCGCAUCGGAGGUUAGCGCCACCGCUUCUGCUCCUUCGACUGAUCCCGUGAAAUUGAUUAAAUCCUUGGCCCAGUCUGACAGCUGGAGACAGCAGGGUAAUGCCCCUAUCAUCAUCCUUCUGCAGUAGGGGGUCAGGAGUAUCAGCGGUGCAUAAUUCAGAUUAAACGUAUGUGAGAGAGAGAGAGAGAGAGAGAGAGAGAGAGAGGUGUAUGUAUGUACUGUACAUAUAUACAUAUAUAUGUAUUUGAAUUUGAAUAUACAGAUUUUAUCAACUUUUGUCAAUUUUAAAUAAACUAGUAGCGAUAACCUCUA